GGUGGGGCGGCGCAGUCCUCGCGAGAUUUCGGCCCUGACGAGAGGCUGAAGCGGCUCGGCGGCGGGUCUGGGAUGCGCUCGCAGAAGGAGGGAGAGGGGGGCCCAGGGUUGCCCGUUACUACGCGGGGUCCGAGCGGGAAGGAGAAGCCGUCGCCCACAGAAAGCCACUUCCGCCGGGAGUCUCAGCGGCGGGAGCCUGAAGCGCCAGUAGCCUGGUCCUCCGGCUGUGGGGGCGGUGCAGUCGAACCUCGCGAGGAAAAGAGGACGGUCCUCAGCAAGGUGGUCAUCCGGCGGCUUCCUCCCAGCCUCACCAAGGAGCAGCUGGAACAGCAGCUUCACCCCCUUCCUGCACACGAUUACUUCGGGCUCUUUACUGCUGAUCUCAGUCUUUAUCCUCAUCUCUAUUCAAGAGCAUACAUUAAUUUUAGAAAUCCUGAUGACAUCCUGCUUUUUAGAGAUCGUUUUGAUGGAUAUAUCUUCAUUGACAGUAAAGGCCUAGAAUAUCCUGCAGUGGUAGAAUUUGCUCCAUUCCAGAAGACAGCCAAAAAGAAGCUAAAGAAAAAAGACACCCAAGCUGGAAGCAUUGAAGAUGAUCCAGAAUAUAAGAAGUUUUUAGAAACUUACUGUGUGGAGGAGGAGAAAACUAAUGCCAAUCCUGAAACUCUUCUGGGGGACAUAGAGGCAAAGACAAGAGAACUUAUUGCUAGAAGAACCACACCUCUUUUGGAGUACAUUAAAAGUAGAAAAUUAGAAAAGCAGAGAAUUCGAGAAGAAAAGCGAGAAGAACGGAGGAGGAGGGAGUUGGAAAGGAAGCGCUUACGGGAAGAAGAGAUAAGAAGGAGAAGGGAAGAGGAGAGAUGUAAGAGGAGAGCAGCGGAAAAACAGCAGAAAACUGCUGAGAAAGAAAUAAGGAGGAAGCUUCUCAAGAAAUCAGAAAAGGGAGAGGAGUCAAGCACUGAGAAGCCAAAAGAAAGAGGAGAGGAAAUUGACACCAGAGGUGGGAAACAGGAACUCGGUCCCAGCUGUGUAGUCGUGAAGCCCAGGCCCUUGGAGAGCUCGCUGCAGGAGCUCAGGGAAAAGUCAGAAAAUGACAGUGAUAAAGAGCAAAGGGACGUGGAGAGAAGAUUCCAAGAAAAAGAACUUGAAGCACAAAGAUACCACUUGGAUGACAGCAGAAAACAUAGAGCUCACUAUGAGUUGGAUAAGUUUUCAGGAAGAAGCAAAGAAGAGCUGAAAAGGGGGAAAGGAUUCACCCCAGACCGAGGGAAGAAGGGGAGCCAGGAUGGGGGCGGCCCUGUGGGGGCAGCAGAGACACCAGGAAGGGAGAAGAGUGAAGAUGAGCUGGCACCCAAGAAGGAGGACGCGGGAAGCAAGGACCGACCAGGCUUGCAGCUGUACCAGCCCAGAGGUGGCAUCCGAGCCCGUGAAUGUGAUGGAAGACCCCCUGAGGAGGGCCGUGACGGGAGGAGGGGUGAGGUGGAAGAUUCACCAGGGGCUGGAGCUGAGAAGAGCGAAGAGGCAGACUGUCAGAGUAAUAACAUCAACACACAUCAUUUUAGCCUCUGGAAAACUCCACUAUACACCCGUGAGAAGAUCACAGUAAAAAGGCGAGUAAUGUCUUUUAGUCUCUUAAUGAGUAAUUAUACCCAAGGGAGGGACCAAGAUGGUGACAUUGGAGGCUCCUGAACGUCCCUCCUCCCAUAGACACACCAAAUGUACAGCUACACACACAGAAGUUCCCUCAGAGAAAAAUCCAGAAACUAGCCAAGCGACUCCUACACACCAGACAAAUGAGUCAAUACCCACAUCGAAACAGGUGGGAAAGUCGGAGACAACCUCUCACCAUAAGCCCAAACCCCAGCACAGCACCAUACAAUCGCAAGGGAACCCCCAGUUCCCAGCUUUUUCCUGAAGAAAAGCUAGGGCUGCCACAUCUAGCACCCCGACUUUUAAGGCUCCCCAUCUGAGGGAUGGACCUUUAAAUCACCUGGUUCUGAAAGCCAAUGGGGCUUCUGUCCAUGAGACCCACAAGACAGGUGUGCAUGAGAGCCCUCUCUGCAGCUAUCCCCCCAGGUCUCCGCACAGGAGCAGGCAAAAACGCUCAUCUACCAGAUUCUCCUUGGAAGGGUUUGACUGCGUACUCUUCUGGUUGCUACUUGAGAGCCCAGAUUCUAAUCAGCCUGCACGUGCGUGGAAGUGGACUGAGACAUUGAUGGGUCUUGGCACACCUUCCACUACUGGAAGCCACUAAGAACAAAGACAGUAGCAUGGACAAUCAUAAAGGUUUGAGAGGCAACCACAUACUCCGGCCAAGCUGAUUGACAAGGUUUAUCUCCUACAUGAGACUAGUCUGUCCAGACUGGGAGAGGUGGCUGUUUUAUCUAAUGCACAGAAACCAACACAGAGACUCAAGGAAAAUAAGAAAUAGGGGAAUAUGUUUGAAACAAAAGAACAAGGUAAAUAUCUCAAAACUGAUCUUAAUGGAGAUAUGUGAUUUACCCAGUAGAGUUCAAAAUAAUGGUCACAAAGGUACUCACUGAGGUCAGGAGAGCAAUGCAGGAGCACUGUAUGAAUUUCAACAAAGAUAUAGAAAAUAUUAAAAAGUACCAAACAGAAAUCAUAGAGCUGAAUCUUAUAAUAACUAAACUGAAAAUUUCAAUAGAGGAGUUCAACAGCAGACUAAAUCGAGUGGAGGGAAGGAUCAGUAAACUCAAAGGUAGGGCAGUAGAAUUCAUCCAGUCAGAGGGGCAAAAAGAAAAAAAAAAAAGAGUAAAGAUAGCUUAAGGGACUUAUAGGAUACCACAAGAAGACCAAUAUGUGCAUUAUAGGGGGUCCCAGAAGGAGAAUAGGGAGGGAAAGGGGUAGAAACGUUAUUUAAAAAAUAAUAAUAAUGGCUGAAAACUUCCAUAACCUGUGGAAAGAAACACCCAGAUACAGGAAGCCUAAAGAAUACCAAAUAAGAUGGAUUCAAAGUGACCCACACUGAGACAUAUUAUUAUAUUGUCAAAAGUUAAAGAAGACAGAAUCUUAAAAGCAGCAAGAGAAAAGCAACUUGUUAUGCACAAGGGAACCGUCACAAGACUGUCAGUGGAUUUUUCAGCAGGAACUUUGCAAGUCAGAAGGGUGUGGGAUGUUAUAUUCAACAUACUGGAGGGGAGGGUGGGAAAACACCAACCAAGAAUACCCGGCAAAGUUGUCCUUCAGAAUUGAAGGAGAAUAAGGAGUUUUCCAGACAAAGCUGAAGGAAUUCAUCACCACUAGACUAGCCUUACAAGAAACGUUAAUAGGAGUUCUUCAAGCUGAAACAAAAGGCCACUGAUUACCAACAGGAAAACAUAUGAAAGUAUACAACUCAGUGGUGCAAAGGUAAAUACAUACUUAAAUUCAAAAUGUUCUAAUAUUGUCAUGGUAGUGGGUAAAUCACUUAUAACUAGUAUAAAGGUUAAAAGGCAAAAGUUUUAAAAUAACUAUAACUACAAUAAUUUGGUAAUGGCUACACAAUAUAAAUAGAUGCAAAUUGUGACACCAAGAAAAAAAUGUGGGAUGGGGAAGUAAAAAUAUAGAGCUUUUGUAUGCCUUCGAAGUUAAGUUGUUAUCAGCUAAAAGUGAACUGUUUUAAUAUGUUUUAUGUAAGCCUCAUGGUAACCACUAAGCAAAAACCUGAUGUAGAUACACAAGGCAUAAAGAGAAAGGAAUCAAAACAUAACUUUAAAGAAAAUCAUCAAGUCAGAAAGCAUGAGAGCAAAAGAGGAAGAAAGGAACUUCAAAACAGCCAGAAAACAAUUAACAAAAUGGCAAUUGUAAGUUCAUAUCAAUAAUUACUUUAAAUGUAAAUGAACUAAAUUCUCCAGUCUAAAGACAGAGUGGUUCUUUUAGUCAAUGUAGUAUUGGAGGUCCUAGCCACAGCAAUCAGACAAGAAAAAGAAAUAAAAGGAACCCAAAUUGGAAAGGAAGAAGUAAAACUGUCACUGUUUGCAGAUGACAUGAUACUAUAUAUAGAAAACCCUAAGGACGACACCAGAAAACUACUAGAGUUCAUGAAUGAAUUCAGUAAAGUUUCAGGAUACAAAUUAAUACACAGAAAUCUGUGCAUUUCUAAACACUAACAACAAGUUGUCAGAGAAAUUAAGGAAACAAUCCCACUUACCAUGACAUCAAAAAGAAUAAAAUACCUAGGAAUAAACCUAUAUAAGGAGGUAAAAGACUUGUACUUGGAAAACUAUAAGACACAUAAAUUGAGGAUGACACAAACAGAUGGAAAGAUAUACUGUGUUCAUGGAUUGGAAGAAUUAAUAUUGUUAAAAUGAUUAUACAACCCAAGGCAAUCUACAGGUUCAGUACAAUCCCUAUCAAAAUACCAACAGCAUUUUUCACAGAACUAAAACAAUUUUAAAAUUUGUGUGGAAACACCAAAGACCCCAAAUAACCAAAAGAAUCUUAAGAACAGAGCUGGAUGUAUCAUGCUCCCUGACUUCAGACUAUACUACAAAGCUAUAGUAAUUAAAACAGUAUGGUACCAGCACAACAACCAGACACACAGAUCCGUGGAACAGAAUAGAGAGCCCAGAAAUAAACCCAUGCCCUUAUGGUCAAUUAAUCUACGAAAAAGGAGGCAAGAUUAUACAAUGGCAAAAAGACAGUCUCUUCAAUAAGUGAUGCUGGCAAAACCAGAAAGAUACAUGUAAAGCAGUAAAAUUAGAACAUUCUCUAACACCAUAUACAAAAAUAAACUCAAAAUGGAUUAAAGACUUAAAGGUAAGCCCAGAAACCAUAAAACUCCUAGAAGAAAACAUAGGCAGAACACUCUUUGACAUAAAUUGUAGCAAUCUUUUUGUGGCUCUGUCUCCUAAAGCAAGGAGCAAUAAAAGCAAAAAUAAAUAAAUAGGACCUAAUUACACUUAAAAGCUUUUGCACAGCAAAGGAAACCAUCAACAAAGUGAAAAGACAAUCUACUGAAUGGGAGAAAAUAUUUGCAAAUGAUAUGACCAAUGAGGGGUUAAUAUCCAACAUAUAUAAACAUCUCAUACAACUCAACAUCAAGAAAACAAACAACCCAAUUAAAAAAUGGGCAGAAGAACUGAAUAGACAUCUUUCCAAAGAGGAAAUGCAGAUGGCCAACAGGAACAUGAAAAGAUGCUCAAGAUCGCUAAUCAUCAGGGAAAUGCAAAUCAAAACCACAAUGAGAUACCACCUCACACCUGUCAGAAUGGCUAUCACCAAAAAGAACACAAAUAACAAAUGUUGGCGAGGAUGUGGAGAAAAGGGAACCCUAUUCAUACAUUGUUGGUGGGAAUGUAAAUUGGUGUAGGCACUCUGUAAAACAGUAUGGAGGUCCUCAAAAAACUAAAACUAGAACUGUUUGACCCAGCAAUUCUACUCCUGGGUAUAUAUCUGAAAAAAAAACCACUAAUUCAAAAAGAUGCUUGCACCCCAGUGUUCAUAGCAGCACUAUUUACAAUUGCCAAUGUACAGAAGCAACCUGUGUCCAUCAACAGAAGAAUGGAUAAAGAAGAAGGGAUAUACAUAUACACACACACAUACAUACACACACUGGAAUACUGCUGAGCCAUAAAAAAGAAUGAAAUUUUGCCAUUUGCAGCAACACGGAUGGACUUCAAGGGCAUUAUGCUAAGUGGAAUAAGUCAGACAGAGAAAGACAAAUACUGUAUGACAUCACUUAUGUGUAGAAUCUAAAAAAGAAAACUAGUGAAUAAAACAAAAAAGAAAGACUGGCAGAUAUAGAGAACAAAUUAGUGGUUACCAGUGGGGAGGGGCAGGAAGGAAGGGCAAGAUAGGAAUAGGGGAUUAAGAGGUACAAGCUAUUAUGUACAAAAUAUUUACGUACAAGGAUGUAUUAUUGUACAACACAGGGAAUAUAACCAGUAUUUUAUAGUAACUAUAAAUGGAAUAUAUUAACCUUUAAAAAUUGUGAAUCACUAUGUUGCACACCUGUAACUUAUGUAAUAUUGUACAUCAACUCUACAUCAAUUUUAAAAAAAAGAAAAAGAAAAAAGGAGUGGCUGAAUGGAUGGAAAAAAAAAGAUCCAACUCUAUGCUGCUUCAAAGAGACUCAUUUCAGCUUUAAGAGCACACACAGACUGAAAGUGAAGGGAUGGAAUAAGAUAUUCCAUGCAAAUGCAAACCAAAAGAAAGUAGGUUUAGCUAUGCUUAUAUCAGACAAAAUAGACUUUAAGUCAAAAAUUGUAAUGAGACAAAGAAGGUCAUUAUACAAUGAUAAAGGAGCUAAUUCAUCAAGAGGAUUUAACAAUUAUAAAUAUUUAUGCACCCAACAUUGGAGCACCUAAGAUAUAUAAAGCAAAUAUUAACAGAUAUGAUGGGAGGAAUAGAUAGCAAUGAGAUAAUAGUGGGGACUUCAAGACCCACUUUCAACAAUGGCUGAUCAUCCAGACAGAAAAUCAAUAAGGAAACAUUGGACUUAAACUACACAUUAGACCAUAUGGACCUAACAGAACAUGUCAACCAACAGCAGGAGAAUUCACAUUCUCCAAAAUAGAUCAAAUAUUAGAUCACAAGACAAGUCUUAAUAAAUUUAAGAAGAUUGAAAUCAUAUCAAGCAUCUCUUCCAACCACAAUGGUAUGAAACUAGAAACAAUUAGAAGAAGAAGAUUGGAAAAUUCAAAAAUGUGUGGAGAUUAAACAACAUGCUUCUGAAAAACCAAUGGGUCAGAUAAAUCAAAAAAUAUCUGAGACAAAUGAAAAUGGGAACAUGACACAUCAAAACUUAUGAGAUGCAGCAAAAGCAGUUCUACGAAGGAAGUUUAUAGUGAUAAAUGCCUACAUCAAGAAAAAAGAAAGACCUCAAAUAAACAACCUAACUUUACACUUCAAGGAACCAGAGAAAGAACAACAAACUAAGCCCAGAGUUAGUAGAAAGAAGGAAAUCACAAAGAUCAGACCAGAAAAAAAGGAAGUAGAGACUAAAAAAGAAAAAUCAUUUUUUUAAAGAUCAAUAAAACUGAGAACUGGGUUUUUGUGGGUUUUUUAAUAAAGAAAAUUGAUAAACUUUUAGCUAGACUAAGGGGGAAAAAACAAGACAAAUAAAAUUAGAAAUGAAAAUAGGAGACAUUACAACUGAUAACAUAGAUACUGAGGCUCAUGAGAAACAACUAUGGACAGUUAUACACCGACAAAUUAUAUAAUCUAGAAGAAGUGGAUAAAUUCCUAGAAACUAUAACCUGCCAAGAUUGAAUCAUGAAGAAGUAGAAAAUCUAAACAAUUACUAGGGAGGAGGUUGAAUCAGUAGUCAAAAACUUCCCAACAAACAAAAGUCCAGGACCAGAUGGCUUCACUGGUGAAAUCUACUAAACAUUUAAUGAAGAAUUAAUACCAGUCCUUCUCAAAUUCUUCUAAAAAGUAGAACAGAUCAGGAUGCUUCCAAACUCAUUUUAUGAGACCAGCAUUACUCUGAUACCAAAGCCAGGCAAAGACACUACAAGAAAAGAAAAUCACAAGCCAAUAUCCCUGAUGAACAUUGAUGCAAAAAUCCUCAACAAAAUAUUAGCAAGCCGAUUUGACCAGUACAUUAAGAGGAUCAUACACUAUGUCAAGUGUGGUUUAUCCAGGGAUAUCAGGAUGGCUCAAUAUACACAAAUCAGUCAAUGUGUGAUACACCACAUUAACAUAAUGAUGGAUAAAACUCAUAUGAUCAUCUCAAUAGAUACAGAGAAAGCAUUUGACAAAAUUCAAUGUCCUUUCAUGGUAAAAACUCUUGAGAAACUGGGUAUAGAGGGAAGGUCCCUAAACAUGUUAAAGGUCAUAUAUGCAAACACACAGCUAACAUCAUACUCAACAGUGAAAAGCUGCAAGUUUUUUCCAUAAGAUCAGGAACAAGGCAAGGAUGCCCACUCUCAUAACUUUUUUCAACAUAGUACUGGAAGUCCUAGCCAGAGCAAAUAGGCAAGAAAAAGAAAUAAAAGGCAUCCAAAUUAAAAAUAAGUCAAAUAUUCUGUUUGCAGAUGACAUACUAUGUACAGAAAACACUAAACAUGCCACAAAAAAUCUGUUAGAAAUAAUAAAUGGAAACAGUAAAAUUGCAGGAUACAAAAUCUGUAUACAGAAAUCAGUUUGUUGUUAGUGUAUAGAAAUGCACCUAUCAGAAAGAGAAAUUAAGAAAACAAUCCCAUUUAAAUAGCGUCAAAGAGAAUUAAAUACUUAGGAAUAAAUUUAACCAAGAAGGUAAAAGAUUAUACACUGAAAACUAUAAAAUUCAUAAAAGAAUUAAACACAAAUAAGUGGAAAGGCAUUCCAUGUUCAUAGGUUGGAAGAAUUAAUAUUGUUGAAAUGUCCAAAAGGGCUUCCCUGGUGGCACAGUGGUUGAGAGUCUGCCUGCCGAUGCAGGGGACACAGGUUCGUGCCCCGGUCCAGGAAGAUCCCACAUGCCGCAGAGCGGCUGGGCCCGUGAGCCAUGGCCACUGAGCCUGCGUGUCCGGAGCCUGUGCUCCACAACAGGAGAGGCCACCACAGUGAGAGGCCCGUGUAUCCAAAAAAAAAAAAAAAAAUCCAAAAGAAGACCAAAAAGGACUUCAAAUAACCAAAGCCAUCUUGAGAAAGUAGAACAAAGCUGGAGGCAUCAUGUUCCCUGAUUUCAAAUUAUAUUACAAAGCUAUAGUAAUCAAAACAGUAUGGUAUUGGCAGAAAAACAGACACAUGGAGCAAUGGAACAGCAUAGAGAGCUCUGAAAUAUACCCAUACAUAUAUGAUCAAUUAAUGUUCAAGAAAGGAGCCAAGAAUACAAUUGGGAAAGGAUAGUCUCUUCAAUAAAUGGUGUUGGGAAAACUGGACAGCCACAUGCAAAUGAAAACGGAGCAAUUUCUUACACCAUACACAAAAGCAACUGAAAAUGUGUUAAAGACUUGACUAUGAGACCUGAAACCACAAAACUCCUAGAAAAAAACAUGGGGGCAAGCUCCUUGACAUUGGUCUUGGCAAGAUUUUUUGCAUUUGACACAAAAAGCAAAGGCAACAAAAGCAAAAAUAAACAAAUGCUACUACAUGGAACUAAAAAGCUUCUUCACAGCAAAGGAAACCAUCAACAAAAUAGGAAUUGGGAGAUUGGGAUUGACAUAUAUACACUAAUAUAUAUAAAAUAGAUAACUAAUGAGAACCUGCUGUAUAGAACAGGGAACUCUACUAAAUGCUCUGUGGUGACCUAAAUGGGAAGGAAAUCCAAAAAAGAGGGGAUAUAUAUAUACAUAUAGCUGAUUCACUUUGUUGUACUGCAGAAACUAACACAACAAUGUAAAGCAACUAUACUCCAAUAAAAAUUAAUUUGAAAAAAAAUAUCUGAACUAAACACCUUUUCAAAUAAUUGUGAAGGAAGUGAUGUUUAAAAAUAAAUUACAGGGACUUCCCUUGUUGUCCAGUGUUAAAGAAUCUGCCUUCCAAUGCAGGGGACGUGGGGUCGAUCCCUGGUUGGGGAAGUGAGAUCCCACAUGCCGUGGGGCAACUAAGCCUGCGUGCCACAACUACUGAGCCCGCGUGCCUCAAUGAGAGAGCCUGCAUGUGGCAAACUACAGAGCCCACGGCGCUCUGGACCCCAUGCACCACAACUAGAGAGAAGCCUGCACACCACAACGAGGACCCCGUGUGCCACAAAUAAGACCCGACACAGCGAAAAAAAUUAAGAAAAAUAAGUAAAUAAUAAAAAAUAAAUUACAAUAGAAGAGGUUAAAAAAAAGCAACCUAUGGAAUGGGAGAAAAUGUUUGCAAACCACAUGUCUGGUAAGGGGUUAAUGCCCUAAAUAUACAAGUAACCCAUACAGCACAACAGCAAAGAAAAACCGAACCACUUACAGACUGUCCCCAGCUUAAAAUGGUUUGACUUGCGAUUUUUUAAGUUUACAAUGGUGUGAAAGCAAUAUACAUUCAGUAGGAACUUUGAAUUUUGAUCUUUUCCCAGCUAUCAAUACGCAGUACAAUACUCUCUCAUGACGCUGGGCAGUGUCAGUGAGCUGCAACUCCCAGUCAGCCAGGCAAUCACAAGGCUGAACAACCCAUUUAUACACUUACAACCAUUCUGUACCCAUACGACCAUUCUGGCUUUGACUUUUAGUACAGUAUUCAGUAAAUUACACGAGAUACUCAAUACCAUAUUAAAAAUAGCUUUUUAUUAGAUGAUUUUGCCCAACCGUAGGUUAAUGUAAGUGUUCUGAGCAUGUUUAAGAUAGGCUAAGCUAACUGCGAUGUUUGGUAGAUUAGGUGUAUUAAAUGCAUUUUUGACUUAAUGAUAUUUUCAACUUAUGAUGGCUUAAUUGGGAUAUAACCCCACCAUAAGUCAAGGAAGAGCUAUACCCAGUUUAAAAAUGGGCAAAGGACCUGAACAGACAUACUGCCAAAGAAGAAAUACAGAUGACCAACAGGUACAUGAAAAGGUGCUCAAUAUCACUAGUUACCAGGGAAAUACAAAUCAAAACCACGAGAUAUCACCUCAUGCCUGCCAGAAUGGCUAUUGUCAAAAAGACAAGAGAUAAGUGUUGGCGAGGGUAUGGAGAAAAGGGAGCCCUGGUGCACUGUUGGAGGAAUGUAAACGGAUACAUACUAUGGAAAACAGUACAGAGGUUCCUCAAGAAAUUAAAAAUAGCACUGCCGUAUGAUCCUGCAGCCCCACUUCUGGGUGUGUAUCCAAAGGAAACAAUCCCGAUAUUGAAGAGACAUCUGCAUCCCCAUGUUCGCUGCAGUAUUAUUCACAAUAGCCAAGGUAUGGAAACAACCUAAGUGUCCAUCGAUGGAUGACUGAAUAAAGAAAAUGUGAGAUAUCUACAUAGAUAUAGAUAUCUAUAGAUAUAUCUCUAUCUAUCUAUAUGCAACAAAAUAUUAUUCAGCCUUAAAGAAGAAGAAAAUCCUGCCAUUUUCAACCAUAUGGAUGAACCUGGAGAGCAUUAUGCUAAGUGGAAUAAGCCAGACAGAGAAAGACAAAGACUACAUGGUAUCACUUAUAUUUGGAACCUAAAAAAAAAGUUGAACUCAUAGAAACAGAGUAGAUUGGUGGCUACCAGGGACCGGGGCAUGGGGAAAGUAGGGAGAGGUUGGUAAAAGGGUACAAACGUUGAGUUAUCAGAUGAAUAAGGUCUGAGGAUCUAAUGUAUAAUAUGGUGACUGUAGUUGAUAACACUGUAUUCUAUAAUUGAAAUUUGCUGAGUAGAACUUGUAUUCUAAUCAAAAAAAAAAAAAGUAAA